CAAGCGGCAAGCCGUUGUGUCUCUCUCUCGUCUCCCGUCGUGUCCGGUGGCUUAACUUCACCGUCGUCUCCCUCGCUUUCUUGUUGCAAGCGGCAAGCGGUCGUAUCUCUCUCUCGUCUCCCGUCUUUUCAGGUGGCGAAAGGGGCUUGGGAAGAAGCAGUAAUGGAGAGAAAUUCUGCUGCUUGUGCCAUGGAAUGGAGUAAUGAGCUUGAGAAGGCCCUCCGUUCCAAAAAACCUGGUCUAUCCAUUGAAACUAUAUUACAAACGGGGCCAAGGCUGGAGCGUUGGAGUAGAGAACCUGAACCUACUAUGGCAGUGUAUAACAUGUUUGGCUUAGUUCCAGGGGAGGAUAUGCUUUUUGCGAACACCAUUCUGUUACGGCUUGCUGAUGCUUUUAGGUUGGGUGAUAAACACACCAAAUUUGCUGUUGUUAGGAUUUUCCUAUCCGAGCGCAGGCAUCGUGACAAGAAGAAGAAAAGUAAAGGACGAAAAGGGAUUUUGUCAAAGGUCAUGGUGCUAAAUCAUUUAGAAUUAUUGACAAGAAUAAAAGUUGUUUUUGACACUGGUGAUGUUGAGUCAAGAGCAUUGGCUUUAGCUCUCUUUGGUUGUUGGGCUGAUUUUGCAAAAGACAGUGCUCAGAUACGAUACUUGAUACUUUCUAGUCUAGUUUCUUCUCAUGUUUUGGAGCUGAAAGCGUCAUUAUUUGCGGCCGGAUGCUUUUCCGAGUUAUCAGAUGAUUUUGCGUCUAUUUUAUUAGAGAUGCUGGUUAAUAUGGUGACUUCAUCUGAAACACUGUAUGCGGUAAAGUUAGCUGCAGCACGAGUUUUUGCAAAAAUUGGGUGCUCAUAUUCAGUUGCAAAUAGAGCUUACAAGACGGGUCUAAAGUUAAUGUUGGACUCUUCAGAAGAGGAUGUUUUGGUCUCUUUGCUGGUAUCACUCUCAAAAAUUGCUUCCAAAUCAAUGAUUCUUAUUUCUGAACAGGUGGACGUGCUUUUCUCAUUUCUUAAACAAGAAAAGACAUCGCGUAUGAAAGCUACAGUAUUAAGAUGCUUGCAUUUCAUUUUGAUAAAAGGAUUAUGUCAUUUUCCUGUGAGUGCAGAUCUAGUCAAAUCAUUAUUGAGCACAAUGAUUGAGCCCGAACUUCCCCCAUUUAUGCAAUAUGAAGCUCUACAGAUUCUACAUAAGAUCCUUCCAUAUAUGCUACCUCAUUUGCCCUGUCUGGACCUGCCCGAAUUUGCUAACCUUUUAACCAUAGCUGAAAAUUCCUCCCAAUUUCCAAUCACGUCGAAGAGCUUCUUAUCCAUCCGUGUUCUGGUGGAUUUAUCAAUCAAGCUUAGGGGAAGAAUGGAAAUAGAAUCUAGUAUGUUCUGUUCCUCUCCUCUGCCAUCAAGAGUGAUCUCAUUGAUUAUAGACCAGAUGACGUUGCUGGUAAAUGAUCUUUGCCAGAUUGACUCUCGAGUGUUUCAAGAAGUUCAUAGUCUGCUCCACCUUCUUGCUCUUUUGGUUGGUGAACAUCCGGAUCUGGGUGUUUUGGUGCUGGACAAGAUCUGUUUAUUUGUUGAGUGUCUUGCAAAUAUGCAUGAACAUGUCCUGGCUAAAAGCCAAUCAGAUACACUGGUUCUUGAGAUGGACUUCAAAAAAGAGAAGAGCACAGUCGUAAGGUCAAAACUUGUACUUAUUGCAUUCAGAUUUUUGGUUGCCUGUCUUGAAAAUCUCAAUGAAGCUGGUGUUCUCACUUCAAUAGCAUUUGAAAGAGUGAAGCUCCUGGUUGAACGGGUGUGUCAGUGCAGCUUGUUUGAUUGCUAUACACAUACAAUCUACUCUCUUUUGUUCCACAGUCGAUUCUUUUGGGAUUGCUUGGUGGACGAAAGUGAGGGAACUUGCAGUCUUAAUAAAAACUUUUUUAAUUAUUACUUGGUUGAGAAAGAAAUUCUUACCCUAGAGUGUGCAAAUAAGAUGUUGAAGGAGAGGUAUAACUGGCCUGCUUACAGAGCUGGGACAUAUGCAGCAUGUCAGGGAGCAUGGUUAUUAUUAUUUUACAUCAUGAUGCAGGUGGACGUGCUUUUCUCAUUUCUUAAACAAGAAAAGACAUCGCGUAUGAAAGCUACAGUAUUAAGAUGCUUGCAUUUCAUUUUGAUAAAAGGAUUAUGUCAUUUUCCUGUGAGUGCAGAUCUAGUCAAAUCAUUAUUGAGCACAAUGAUUGAGCCCGAACUUCCCCCAUUUAUGCAAUAUGAAGCUCUACAGAUUCUACAUAAGAUCCUUCCAUAUAUGCUACCUCAUUUGCCCUGUCUGGACCUGCCCGAAUUUGCUAACCUUUUAACCAUAGCUGAAAAUUCCUCCCAAUUUCCAAUCACGUCGAAGAGCUUCUUAUCCAUCCGUGUUCUGGUGGAUUUAUCAAUCAAGCUUAGGGGAAGAAUGGAAAUAGAAUCUAGUAUGUUCUGUUCCUCUCCUCUGCCAUCAAGAGUGAUCUCAUUGAUUAUAGACCAGAUGACGUUGCUGGUAAAUGAUCUUUGCCAGAUUGACUCUCGAGUGUUUCAAGAAGUUCAUAGUCUGCUCCACCUUCUUGCUCUUUUGGUUGGUGAACAUCCGGAUCUGGGUGUUUUGGUGCUGGACAAGAUCUGUUUAUUUGUUGAGUGUCUUGCAAAUAUGCAUGAACAUGUCCUGGCUAAAAGCCAAUCAGAUACACUGGUUCUUGAGAUGGACUUCAAAAAAGAGAAGAGCACAGUCGUAAGGUCAAAACUUGUACUUAUUGCAUUCAGAUUUUUGGUUGCCUGUCUUGAAAAUCUCAAUGAAGCUGGUGUUCUCACUUCAAUAGCAUUUGAAAGAGUGAAGCUCCUGGUUGAACGGGUGUGUCAGUGCAGCUUGUUUGAUUGCUAUACACAUACAAUCUACUCUCUUUUGUUCCACAGUCGAUUCUUUUGGGAUUGCUUGGUGGACGAAAGUGAGGGAACUUGCAGUCUUAAUAAAAACUUUUUUAAUUAUUACUUGGUUGAGAAAGAAAUUCUUACCCUAGAGUGUGCAAAUAAGAUGUUGAAGGAGAGGUAUAACUGGCCUGCUUACAGAGCUGGGACAUAUGCAGCAUGUCAGGGAGCAUGGUUCACAGUGGCUUUCAUAUUUGGGCAGUUAAUAACAAAGGUUCAGUCUGAUAUCUUCCACUGCUGGUUAACAUCGAUAAUUCAAUUGGCUCGUUCUGAGAGGAAAAUCCAGCUAUUGCUUUUACCAAAACAAGGGUCUACUUUAGUAGAUUGGUUAGAAAAGAACAAAUUUCCUGCCAGUCAUGCUUUGGGUGAAAUCAGCAGGGAUACUGCUGGAAAUAGUAGUGAGCCUAACUACAGUGAAAAGCUUGUGGAGGCUUAUGAGGAUAUCUGCUCUUCAGGGAAAACAUUAGAAGCUGCUGUCACAUUGGGUCAAGAAUUUUGUUUCCAGAGAUGGUUUCUGCAUCUAAGAGCUAAACUUUUAAGAGCUUUGUUGGAUAUACUCAGAAUUCUCAGAAUCAUCCCAUUCAACCCUGACAGCAUUAGCAAUAAUGGAGAGGUGGAGAAGAGUGUAUUUGAGUGCCUGAAGUCUUUGCCAGAAAUUAUUCAGAUUUCUUUGCAGUUUAAGAAGCUAGCACAAGAAUUUGAUCUAAUUGCCACAUCUUUCAUAGAUAUGGAUUGCAAAAGUUCCAAAGUAAUUUCAUCACUUGCACUAAGUUGUUCGCUUUUGGCCUUUAGUACUGGCUUCAUACUCUUUCUUCCAAAUCUUCCAGCCUAUGAAACUUUUACAACUUGUGGUCUGAGAAACUCGGAAAACUGUUUACAUGCAAUGUUAAUACAAGAUUUAGUUAGGCGUUUAUGCCAUGUAGACCAUGAGACAAGUAGAAAUCUCUGUCAGCUUUUUGAUGUUAGUGGACAGCUUAAGAGCUGUUUUCACUUGCAGUCUACGAAUACAAAUUUGAAGGUUGGAUGUGAAGGAAAGGAUAUUAUUACUGUCUGUAGUUAUGCUGUUUUGGAGGCUGUUCGUUUGCAAGAGGCAAAUAGAGAGCAUAACGAGGAGAUUUUAUCCCAAGUUACCAAGGGGGGUUUACAACUUCUGUUGAGCAUUAUAAUGAAAUGGAUACACAUUCCUUUUCGGACUCCCAAAUAUUUCUUUAAAGUAAGGAGUUGCAUUGGAUCAGAGCUCUUUGCCUGCAACUCGGACACUAAUAACCCAGAUGGCAUAUCUGUAUUAUCAGGCUUCCACCUAUCGCUAAACCUUUGUCUUCAACUGGUUAACUUGCCACCAGAUCUCCCAGCUCGGCUAACAAAGUUAUACUGCAUCCUUUAUUGUAGUGUUUCCUUUCAGGAGCCCAGACCAAGUGAGGAAGACAAGGAGCGAAAGCAGUGGGGUUGUCGAGCUUGGGAAACUGAUGACAUGGUAGAAAUCAAUGAAAUGCUAUUGCAUUAUGUGACAAAUUUAAGUACCAAAAGGAGUAAUAAUAGUAAGCGCAGAAGGUGUGAUAACAACAAGGACGGGGUUGUUUAUGCAUUUGCACAUUUUGAACCAGAUGAGAGAGGCCAAGGAUUUGCUAGUUGUUUGCUUGAUAUUUCUGGUUUUCCAGUAGGCUCUUAUAGAAUUAAAUGGCGUAGUUGUUGUCUGGACAAUCAGGGUUCUUAUUGGAGUCUCGUUCCUUUAAAUGCUGGACCUAUAGUUACAGUACGGAGAUCUCCAAUUGGCAGAUGAUUUUGUAAUGAAUUUGGUGGUACAUGUAAAUGAUCUUCUUCACUGUAUAAAAUGUACUAUAUUGAUUAUUUCCUAUCUGACGUAUUUAAUAAGAAAUAGAUUCAUUAUCUGUUUAAACUGGUAAUCGAUGCAUGUUCUGGUUUGUUUGUAAGGCAGAGGCUGAAGUUCUAGAGGUAUUCAAGUACAUGGCUAAUAUUAUGUUUUGAAGCGGUUCCCAAAGCAAGGUCUGAAAUUCAAUCAGAGAACAGCUGAGCCACUGUCGCUCUUGCAGAACAGCAGAGCCACCAUCGCUUUUGCCGAACAACCUAAACAUCAAUCCACAAAGGGUUUCGGUUCUGGUUGCUCUUAAUCUGUCUGUUUCUUGAGAAACCCAAAGAGAAAGAGAUUGGAAGUAACUGGACUGAACGUUGGAUGUCAUGACAUUGGCUAUUACUGAUAAGAGCUGGAAAGCUAGUAGAUCAAUUUGGAGGCAAUGCCCAGAUUUCAAAUGUUCAGACUAAAAUCCCAUGCAUUGUUUUCAACGAGGAAGAAAUCAUGGUUUCAAGUUAUGAAGCGACUGCACAACAUGAAAUAAUAGAACCUCCUUAUGGCAAGUCAGAACCUACUUAGGUGUUUUGAAGAUAAGCUAUGUAAAUGUUAAUUCAAUGAAGAAAUUGCUUUUAGUGCUAUUGUGGGUGAGGAGAGUUUGAACUAACUCUUGCUAGCAACCAGGUAGUUAGGCUUUAAUGUAAAUUUGGACUUUUAUGUACCCUUAAGCUACUAUUGAUAAAGCAUUGGUGGGUUGUUUAGGUGUUU